UUUUUCAGCUGUGGGCCAAAUGUGCUGCAUCAAUACAGCAGUGCACCGCAAGCUGCAUUCUUUCCACCUCUUCAAAAAAUGAUGUUGCCACCAAAUACCUUUCAAGGGAAAGUGGCCUUUAUAACUGGUGGAGGUACUGGGAUUGGCAAAGGGAUGACCACAACUUUGUCCAGUUUAGGUGCCAAGUGUGUUAUAGCAAGCCGGAAACUCGAUGUUUUGAAAGGAGCAGCAGAAGAAAUUUCUUCUAAAGUAGGGAAUAAGGUUCAUGCCGUCCAGUGUGAUGUGAGAGAUCCAGUUUCAGUUAAGAAUGCUGUUGCUGAAACAAUCCAAGUGGCAGGACAUCCUGAUGUUGUGAUAAACAACGCAGCUGGAAACUUUAUUGCGCCUUCUGAACGACUUUCUGCUAAUGCAUGGAAAGUGAUAACUGAUAUUGUGCUUAAUGGUACUGCUUUUGUAACUCUCGAAAUCGGAAAGGAGCUCAUUAAAGUACAAAAAGGAGCAGCGUUCCUGGCUAUUACGACAAUUUAUGCAGAGAGUGGUUCAGGAUUUGUGUUGCCAAGCGCCGCUGCCAAAGCUGGUGUAGAAGCAAUGAGCAAGUCUCUUGCGGCUGAAUGGGGUAAAUAUGGCAUGAGAUUCAAUGUGAUUCAACCAGGUCCAAUAAAAACAAAGGGUGCUUUUAGCCGCCUUGACCCAACAGGCUCAUUUGAGGAGGAGAUGAUUGAGAGGAUUCCCUGUGGUCGUCUGGGAACUGUAGAAGAAAUUGCAAAUCUUGCUGCUUACUUCUGCAGUGAUUAUGCAAGCUGGGUUAAUGGAGCAGUUAUUAGAAUGGAUGGUGGAGAAUUUGUGUCUAUGGCAGGAGAAUUCAAUCAUUUGAAGAAGGUUACCAAAGAGCAGUGGGAGAUAAUGGAAGCAAUGAUUAGACAAACAAAAGGCUCUUAAAGUCCGUAACUGUAUGGUGGAGAUUUUUGGAAAAGAUCAUCUACUUUUUCAUGAAUAUUUAGAAAUAAUCAAUUGAGAAAUAGUCUUCAAAAUCUUUUGUAUGCUAAUUUCAAUAAAAUAUUUUUAAAUUGU